GGCCCGCGCCCCCUCCCCGCCGCGCCUGCUCUAUAAAUGCAGCCCGCAGUCACCGCCGGUGCUCUCUGCUCCUGCCCGUUCAACAGAUAGCCGCAGCUUCCGGUGCAGCGCCAGCCGCGUCCUGAGACAAGAUGGUGAAGGUUGGAAUAAACGGAUUUGGCCGAAUUGGGCGCUUGGUCACCAGGGCUGCUUUUAACUCUGGUAAAGUGGAUGUUGUCGCCAUCAAUGACCCCUUCAUUGACCUCAACUACAUGGUCUACAUGUUCCAGUAUGAUUCCACCCAUGGCAAGUUCAAUGGCACAGUGAAGGCUGAGAAUGGGAAGCUUGUCAUUAAUGGCAAGCCCAUCGCCAUCUUUCAGGAGCGAGAUCCCGCCAACAUCAAAUGGGGUGAUGCUGGUGCUGAGUACGUAGUGGAGUCCACUGGUGUCUUCACUACCAUGGAGAAAGCCGGGGCGCACUUGAAGGGUGGGGCAAAGAGGGUCAUCAUCUCUGCGCCUUCCGCGGAUGCCCCCAUGUUUGUGAUGGGUGUGAACCACGAGAAGUAUGACAACUCCCUCAAGAUCGUCAGCAAUGCCUCCUGCACCACCAACUGCUUGGCUCCCCUGGCCAAGGUCAUCCAUGACAACUUUGGCAUUGUGGAGGGACUCAUGACCACAGUCCAUGCCAUCACUGCCACUCAGAAGACUGUGGAUGGCCCCUCUGGGAAGAUGUGGCGUGAUGGCCGAGGGGCUGCCCAGAACAUCAUCCCUGCCUCCACGGGCGCUGCCAAGGCUGUGGGCAAGGUCAUCCCAGAGCUGAAUGGGAAACUCACUGGCAUGGCCUUCCGCGUCCCCACCCCCAACGUGUCCGUCGUGGAUCUGACCUGCCGCCUGGAGAAAGCUGCCAAGUACGAUGACAUCAAGAAGGUAGUGAAGCAGGCAUCACAAGGGCCUCUCAAGGGCAUUCUGGGCUACACUGAAGACCAGGUUGUCUCCUGCGACUUUAACAGUGACACCCACUCCUCCACCUUUGAUGCUGGGGCUGGCAUUGCCCUCAACGACCACUUUGUCAAGCUCAUUUCCUGGUAUGACAAUGAAUUUGGCUACAGCAACAGGGUGGUGGACCUCAUGGUCCACAUGGCCUCCAAGGAGUAAGAGCCCCCUGGAUCACAAGCCCCAGCAAAAAAAGCUCAAGAGGAAGAGAGAGGCCCUCGGCUGCUGGGGAGUCCAUGCCCCCACUCAUCCCGACACAUUGAGAAUCUUCCAACUUCGAUUUCCAUCCCAAACCCCCUAAAGAAGGGGAGGGGCAUACCUUGUCAUGUACCAUCAAUAAAGUGCACUGUACCCAG